UUGUCUCUCUAUCUCUCUUUCUCCCUUCGCCGCCUCCUCCUCUUGUCUCUUCUCUCCAACCGGCGACUUAGCCCUAACUAUGCCCUCAGCUCCGACCUAAUCGCCGGAGAAAGCCAAGCAAAAUCUUAUCGAACUUCAAGGAUAUGAUUGACUGCCUUCUUGCUGGCGAGAUAUCAAGUUCUGUUGGGUUCCUUUGCAUUGGUUGAAAGUAAUCAGUGAAAGUCUGGUUUAGAAUUCUCUUUUAAGAAAUGGACCGGCGUGAUACCUCGGGAUUUGUUAGCGGGGGUGGGAUGUACUCUUAUAGAGACAUCUAACCCUAGUUUUGUAGAUAGAUUUUUUUGCAGCCCGGAAGUCAGGCAGACUGUACUUUUGCAAUUGGUUUUAAGUUCGUGUAUUACAAUUGGACAUUAGCUAUAAUAAUGGAUGACAGGUUCCAGAACUUGGGUUUUGCUGCUAAUUAUUCUUCGAACGCAUUCAAGGUCUUGGGUAACUCUAUGCACUUUGGGGUAGCCAGAGUUGAGACUCGUGCAGAUACUAUCUUACGUCUAAAUUCCCCUGGUGCUUCACUCCCUUUUAUGUCAAGCUCAAAGGGAACUAAACGGAAGUGGAGUUUGGUUGAUCCCUCUGUCUGCCCCCAAGUUGACUCAUCGUUGUCUCUUGGAUUGCUUGGCCGUUCAUCAAGUUCCUCAGACAGCAAGGGCAGCUCAGCAACUGCUUGCACUACGAUGUCUUCAGCCAAAGAGGCGGACGAGGAGUCCUCGAUGGAUCUGGAAUUGGACUUUACAUUGCAUCUUGGCAAUGAAAAGUUGUCCAGCCCCAAGAAACACACUAUUUCAAAUGUUAAAGCACUGGAGGUGCAGCCCAAAGUUGACUUGGAGUUGAGUCUCUCUACUGGCCCCUCUGAAUCUGAAAUCACUAGUGUUCAUCUAUGUUCCAAUUCACUUCAAUCUGGAGUAGAGAUGCCACCAUCAGCUUUUCAGAGCAACAGUGCAGAUGAAGGAUCAACUUCGUGCCAAUGGAAACAAGAGAUUGCGGUGCAGCCAUUGCCAACAUCAGCCAACGUAAGGGAUAGCUUUCUAUUCAAACAGGUUCCCCAAAAAAUUGAUCCAAGUCCCAUUGUUCUGGACCUUUCAUCAAGUGUAUUAACUGCUCCAAAAAGCUCAGUCACCUGUACUUCCGGGUUAACACAGCAGCAACAGACGCAACUGCGCAGUACUAGUUCAAAGACAUGUGAGGUUGAGGGAUGUGGAAAGGGAGCUAGAGGUGCUUCCGGCCGAUGCAUAUCUCAUGGUGGGGGUCGUAGGUGUCAAAAACAAGGUUGCCACAAGGGUGCUGAGGGCCGGACAGUGUACUGCAAGGCCCAUGGGGGUGGACGGCGGUGUGAAUUUCUUGGGUGCACGAAGAGUGCAGAAGGACGGACGGAUUUCUGUAUUGCUCAUGGUGGUGGUCGAAGAUGCAGCCAUGAGGGUUGCACUCGAGCUGCCCGAGGGAAAUCAGGCUUGUGUAUCAGGCAUGGUGGUGGCAAGAGAUGUCAGAGAGAAAACUGCACGAAGAGUGCAGAAGGGCUUUCUGGCCUCUGUAUCUCACAUGGAGGUGGUCGUCGUUGCCAAGCUUUAGGAUGCACAAAGGGAGCGCAAGGGAGCACCAUGUUCUGCAAGGCUCAUGGUGGUGGAAAACGGUGCACUGCUCCAGGAUGCACCAAGGGAGCUGAAGGGAGUACUCCUUUCUGCAAGGGCCAUGGUGGAGGUAAAAGAUGUGCUUUCCAAGGUGGUGGGGUUUGUUCGAAGAGUGUGCAUGGUGGUACCAACUUCUGUGUGGCACAUGGGGGAGGUAAGAGGUGCGCCAUGCCUGAGUGCACAAAAAGUGCUAGGGGACGGACCGACUACUGUGUUCGCCACGGUGGUGGCAAACGAUGCAAGUUUGAAGGGUGUGGCAAGAGUGCACAGGGCAGCACUGAUUUCUGCAAGGCACAUGGUGGAGGAAAGCGAUGCUCUUGGGGCCAUCCGGGAUCAGAAUACGGAAACCAACCUACUGGUCCUUGUAACUCAUUUGCCAGGGGCAAAACGGGGCUUUGUGCUCUCCACAGUGGCCUGGUGCAGGACAAAAGAGUUCAUGGAGGUGUCACCUUGGGACCUUUAGUUCAGGACCCUAAACACGAGAAGCCAGAGAAGACGAAAGAGGUUAUCGCAGAGGACAUGAACCUCGACGUCACUAAAGUGGCGAGUAGCAGUUUCUUUGAUCUCAAGCAAUCCGGUGGUGCGAGUAAUUUCUCAGUUGGGGAAGGCAGGGUGCACGGUGGAAGCCACUUCGUCAAGGUUAGUUCAGUUCUCGGUGCAAGCAGCAGUGCAGGUGUUGUCAUCAGCGACUCCUCCAAGCCAAUGAAACCUUACAUGCUGCCGCGUAAUUGGAUGUAAUGCUCCGGUUCCUCCCCUGCUAUUUAAUUACGUUUUCCCGUUGUUGGCAGGCAUGUCCGGUGUCAUUUGCAUUAUAGUCAGGUCUGUUGUUUUCAUGUGUUUAGUUUAAGUUAUGAGUUGGUCAUUCAUUGGUUCCUAGUUGAGAGAACCAUCGAGUACUUUCUACACAGUUGUUAAAAUUAAGGUAGGAUACAGUUUGGUGUUUUUCUUUCCUGUAAAUAUUUAUAAGGUGUCCUGUCAGUUAAUGUCGUGGAUACAGGUCGCGCCACCUGUAAGGUCGGUCAGUUUGUCGGACAUUCUGGUUAAUAAGAAGACCUAUCUUUCGGUUCUUCUU